AUGGCUGCCAAUGAGUCGAAUUCCAUGAUCUGUGUUCAUUUGAUGUUGGUUGCAUUAGGAAUCGUCUUCCUGCUCCUGCCUCAGUCGGAGGGUACUGCAGAAGAUGUGGCUUCAAACAAGAAUCUUCGAAAGUGCAAUUUAAAGAACUCAAGUCAUGGACUUAUCGCCGAUUGCAAUAAUCUUGGGCUGAGAGCAGUACCUCAACACUUGCCAAUAGAAGUGAAUACCCUUGCCCUGUCCUCCAACAACCUGACAACCCUGCAUGACGAGUCCUUUAAACACCUGCCAAAUCUUGUUACACUGGCUGCAUAUGAUAACCCACUUUCUGUCAUCGAAAACAAAGCCCUCUGGCCUCUGACAAUGCUUAGGUUGGUCAUAUUACAUCAUUGUAAUCUACAGACUAUGUCUCCUCUGCUCUUUGUCAAAAACACGCUACUCACCAAGCUAGAGUUGGGUUAUAAUCAACUAGAUACUCUUCCUUGUGAAUCUCUUGCAGCCAUACCAAGACUUUCAAAAAUUGAGCUAGUUCACAACAAAAUAAAAAGUCUUAACUUCAAGGGAUGUUCCCGAUGGUCUCAUUUGACGGAUGUAAAUCUGCGGAAGAAUGAGGUGCAAGAAGUUCAUCAGAGUGACUUUCUGCCCCUGCAAAAUACUACUGUUGGUAAUUUUUCACUGUUUGGAAAUAAGAUACAUAAUUUAUCAACAAAAGUCUUCUCUCAUCUGACUUCUUCCAUAGACAAUUUUAUACUUCAAGGAAAUCCCCUCAAACCAUUUGAUAUUCGACCAUUUUUAGGAAUGACUUAUAUCAACAAAUUAUCAAUAUCUACAUGUAAAAUCGAUCAACUUCUCCCACCUGACAAUGCCAGUGAUUAUCAUACCCCUUAUCCAUCUAUUUUGACACUUGACGUGAGUAAAAAUUCAAUUACGAAUGUACCUCCUGGGUCAUUUUGGGGUUUCAUAUGGCUCAAGAUGCUGAUUUUAUCUGACAACAAGAUAAGUUCACUCUCCAACGAGUCCUUCUACCAGAUGACAUCGCUAAUAGAACUUAACAUAUCCUCUAACAAACUAGUUUCCUUACCACCUGAAAGUUUUGCUUGCGUGCCAAAUUUAACAACAUUGGAUGUAUCCAAGAAUUUACUGCAAAAUCUCUCACCCCAAUCCUUUGACGGAAUGCUAUUAAUACGGUCAAUCUUCCUAUAUGUUAAUAGAAUCACGGAUCUUAACAGUGGUAGACGAUUUUGGACAAUUGGGACUCUCAGAGUACUUGACAUAUCUUAUAACGAUAUAGCAUUCAUUUCUCAUGGGACGUUUACAGGGCUCACAAGUCUGCAGGUACUCGAUGUAUCUAACAACCAAGUAAACAGUUUCAGUAAAUAUGCAUUUACGGACCUAAUACUCUUGAGGAAGCUGCAUUUGUCAAAAGAGAGGGCAGUAUUCUUGAAAGACACCUUCAAGCAACUUCGGACUUUGCACUACUUGGAUCUGUCAUAUACACAAAUUAAAGUGUCUCAAACUUCUAUUGAACAAUUUUAUAAUAUGACAUGUUUAAGAAAUCUGCACUUGGAAAUGGCUCAGCUCAAAGAUACCGAUUUAUACAAUGGGAUUAAUAAUCGGUCGCUUUUCUCUGGUCUUUUUUCACUAAAAAAACUACUACUCAAUGGCAAUUAUUUAGUCAGCCUGGAUAAGAGAGUAUUUCACAACCUUUCAAACGUUUACUAUCUUGAUAUGAGCAAAUCAAGGAUACAGGUGCUGAGGUCGGGAGUCUUCAGUCCCCUCACUUCUCUGAGGUUUCUUUAUCUCCGUGAAAACAAGCUGGUGGAGAUGGCAGGAGACAUUUUUCAUGGUCUCUAUCAACUGAGAGUGGUGUACAUCCCUAAUAACAUGCUUAGUGGCCUGGAACCGACAACAUUUGCCCAGGCUCCUCGACUGACCGUGCUCUCUGUAUCGGGAAAUCAAAUCAGCACCGUUGAGCGUGGGACAGUUCUGCCAGCGAAUACAUCACUAAGGUUGAACAUUUCUAGAAACCCUUUCACAUGCACAUGCUCCCUGACAUGGUUCAGGCAAUGGCUGCAGUCAGCUGACAUUGAUCUCCAACAUCCAGAUAAGACACUGUGCUCUAAGACAUCAUUACAGGGAUUGGUGAAUCAGCCAAUCAUGGCAUUCCAUCCUGAGGAUCACUGUGGUGCGGACAUUGUUCUAAUCACGAUUCUUACAUUGACAGGUGUAGUGAUUGUGAUGAUAUCCAUGCUUGCCUACAACAAGCGAUGGUGGUUGAAUCACAAACUCUUUCUUCUCAAACUAGCUGUCAUUGGAUACGAGGAAAUGGCAGAAGAUUUCAAUGCAGAUAACUAUCGUCAUCAUCUCAACCUCAUGUUCGAUGAAGCAGAACAGGAAUGGGUUGACCGGGUCAUGAGACCUGCACUGGAGGAGAGGAUGCCACAUCUUCAGAAUACCAUCUUUGGAGACGAAGACCUCCACCUUGGUAUGUACUACAUCCCUGCACUCUAUGAUGCCAUCGACAACAGCUUCAAGACUGUCUUGUUGCUUAGCAACCAGUCUGUCAAUGAUGCCUGGACCAUGACCAAGCUUCGUAUGGCUCUGGAGCAUCUCAACGAUUCUGGACUGGACAAAGUCAUCUUGAUCUUUGUUAAGGACAUCGAAGAUGGGAACAUGCCGUACCUUGUCAGGUUGUUCCUGAGUAGAAACAAACCUUACAUGUUGUGGACGGAUGAUGAAGAUGGACAGGAAUUAUUCUGGGCUCAGUUUGGGAAAAGCAUGAGAGCUAAUAAGGCUAUCAACAAUGCCAUUCCUCUCUAAAUUGUAAUGCU